UUGCCUGCGUAAUGUGGGCCUCUCUGCAACUUUUCCUUUGUCCUGUGCUUGAACUUUCAGUAAGACAAGAAGAAGACUGAGGGGAGAGGAGCCAUGGCUUCGGAUGCCAGUCACGUGCUAGAAGCUGCCCUGGAGCAAAUGGACGGGAUCAUUGCAGGCACUAAAACAGGUGCAGAUAUCGGUGACAGUAGCUGCGAGCCUGCACUGGCCUCUCCGGCCUCCCACACGAACCCUUUCCCAGUGCUCCAUCUCGUUGAGGACUUGAGACUGGCACUGGAGAUGCUGGAGCAUCCUCAGGAGAGAGCAGCCCUCCUGAGCCAGAUCCCGGGCCCCACAGCUGCCUACAUAAAGGAGAGCUUGUCCCAGGUGAAUCACCACGGUGCUGCUAGUAAUGAAACGUACCAGGAACGCUUGGCACGUCUAGAAGGAGAUAAGGAGUCCCUCAUUUUACAGGUGAGUGUCCUCACAGACCAAGUGGAAGCACAAGGAGAAAAGAUUCGGGACCUGGAGGUGUGCCUGGAAGGACACCAGGUGAAACUCAAUGCCGCUGAAGAGAUGCUUCAACAGGAGCUGCUAAGUCGCACAUCUCUUGAGACCCAGAAGCUUGAUCUGAUGACUGAAGUUUCUGAGCUGAAACUCAAGCUGGUUGGCAUGGAGAAGGAGCAGAGAGAGCAGGAGGAGAAGCAGAGAAAAGCAGAGGAGUUACUGCAAGAGCUCAGGCACCUCAAAAUCAAGGUAGAAGAGUUGGAGAAUGAACGGAAUCAGUAUGAGUGGAAGCUGAAGGCCACUAAGGCUGAGGUAGCCCAGCUGCAAGAGCAGGUGGCCCUGAAGGAUGCAGAAAUUGAGCGCCUGCACAGCCAGCUCUCCCGGACUGCAGCCCUGCACAGCGACCACACAGAAAAAGACCAAGAAAUUCAACGUCUGAAAAUGGGGAUGGAAACUUUGCUUGUUGCCAAUGAAGAUAAGGACCGUCGGAUAGAGGAGCUCACAGGGCUGUUAAACCAGUAUCGGAGGGUGAAGGAGAUCGUGAUGGCAACUCAAGGGCCUGCAGACAGAACUCUCUCAAUCAAUGAAGAAGAACUCGAGGGAAGUUUCCGAAAGUGGAACAGUGCAAACAAAGGCCCUGACGAAUUACUUAAGCCAGAGAUGCCUCCAAGAUGUAGCUCUCCCACUGCGGGGCCACCUCCACUCCCACAGAAAUCACUGGAAACCAGGGCUCAGAAAAAGCUCUCAUGUAGUCUAGAAGACCUGAGAAGUGAACCUGUGGACAAGUGUGUCGAUGGGAACCAGCUCUCCCCAGUGAUAGAACCCAAGGACGGCCCUUUCCUGGCAGAGCACAAAUACCCCACAUUACCUGGGAAGCUUUCGGGAGCUACGCCCAAUGGAGAGGCUGCCAAGUCAACUCCCAUGGCCUCACAGCCCGACCCCACAGGGGGCAGCCUGCUCAGGCUGAAUCGUGGCCGGAGUGUCAGUGCCCCCGUAUUAGGAGACACAGAAAGUGGUUGGGACGACACUGCUGUGGCCAAUGACCUCUCAUCCACAUCAUCGGGCACUGACUCAAGCCCCCAGUCUCCCCUGACGCCAGAUGGUAAACGGAGCCCCAAAGGCAUCAGGAAAUUCUGGGGAAAAAUCCGAAGAACUCAGUCAGGAAAUUUCAACACUGAUGCUCCGGGGAUGGCAGAGUUUCGACGCGGUGGGCUCCGGGCAACCGCAGGGCCAAGGCUUUCUAGGACCAGAGACUCCAAGGGUCAGAAAAGUGACGCCGGUGCCCCCUUUGCCCAGUGGAGCACAGAGCGUGUGUGUGCGUGGCUGGAGGACUUCGGCCUGGGUCAGUACGUGAUCUUUGCCAGGCAGUGGGUGACUUCUGGCCACACUUUACUGUCAGCUACCCCUCAGGACAUGGAAAAGGAGUUAGGAAUUAAGCAACCUCUGCACCGGAAGAAGCUGGUUUUAGCAGUGAAAGCCAUCAACACCAAGCAGGAGGAGAAGUCCGCACUGCUCGACCACAUCUGGGUGACACGUUGGCUUGAUGAUAUUGGCUUACCCCAAUACAAAGAUCAAUUUCAUGAAUCCAGAGUUGAUGGGCGAAUGCUACAAUAUCUGACUGUGAAUGAUCUCCUCUUCUUAAAAGUCACGAGCCAACUACAUCAUCUCAGCAUCAAGUGUGCCAUUCAUGUGCUACAUGUCAAUAAGUUCAACCCCCACUGCCUACACCGGCGGCCAGCUGACGAGAGUAACCUUUCUCCUUCAGAAGUUGUACAGUGGUCUAACCACAGGGUGAUGGAGUGGUUGCGAUCUGUGGACCUGGCGGAGUACGCGCCCAAUCUUCGUGGGAGUGGUGUCCAUGGAGGCCUCAUUAUCCUGGAGCCCCGCUUCACUGGGGACACCCUGGCUAUGCUUCUCAAUAUUCCACCGCAGAAGACGCUCCUCAGACGUCACCUAACCACCAAAUUCAAUGCCCUGAUUGGUCCUGAGGCUGAACAGGAAAAGCGAGAGAAAAUGGCCUCCCCGGCUUACACACCACUGACCACCACAGCCAAAGUCCGGCCAAGGAAACUGGGAUUUUCACAUUUUGGAAACAUAAGAAAAAAGAAAUUUGAUGAAUCGACAGACUACAUUUGCCCAAUGGAGCCCAGCGACAGUGCUGGUGACAGUCACAGGGUCUACGGUGGCUACCGGGCCCUCAGCCCCCUCAAUGCCCCUGAACUGGAUGGGCUGGACCAGGUGGGACAGAUUAGCUGAUGGCCUUGUUACCUGUCUUCUCUGUGCACCCGAGAACUUCACAGUAACACUGUGUGUGUCACCAUAUAACUGCACCUCACCCCCUGCACCUGUGCAUGCCUUGCAGAGAACAUUCCAGCUGUUGUGUACCCCAGGCCAGUGUCUUUGAACUCUGAGGGUGGCCAGGGUACGGAGCUGCACUUUUGCUAAGGGGCCAGGCUUUGGGGACUGUUGCCAGAGGUGGACUCGGGAGGAAAGACACAAAGAUGCUUGUAUAUUUUUGUAAUUCUUAAUGGCCAUGUUCAGCACCGGUGGAAACACACGAACUUGGACACUGGUCCAGAGGUCAUGGAUGAUUCCCAGAGGCUUGGCUCUCGGGCCCUCCACUGUGCUUCCAGUUGAGGGGCGAUCUCAAGUGCCUUAGGCCUGUGGCCACAGAGUCUUGGCUGAGAUCCAAGGGACAGCAGCAGGGAUUUCUGCCACAGUGAUGGUGUAACUGUGUUGUGCCUUAAUACAGAGGUGAUCGCUUCUUUCUGGUAAUAAAAACAAUAUUUAUGUGGAAAGCAAACAGGGCCGUGUAGCUCUAACCUCACUGGGGGAUGAGAGCUGGGCACAGCUGGAGAGGGAGUGCUGUGUACGGCAUGGCCUGAGAGCUGGUGGCACCGUGCCAGUCCUUGGCCAGGUGCACUCGGCCUUUGCCAAGUGUCAUGGACAAGGGGGCUGGAGCAAGGAGGGACCCCGUAUUCUUCAGAGGGGUCCGUGGCCUCUUCACUUCAGGCUCCACCCACCUCCUUCUAUGAAGCCAUGGAAAGCCUUGUGCUGACUGUAGGUCACAUCUGUCAUGCAGACCCCAAAGUUGGUUUCUGUUUCAGAGGCAUGAGGCACCUGGGGGGGAGUGGGGGGAGACAAGAAAGUGGCCUCGCUGAUAACAGCCUCUUUUCUUUUGUGUGGUUUGUCAGAUUCUCUGUUAUUGGCCUGGCUGGGCCCAUAACCAGCGUGGGGGUUGGUCUGUCUGUUGGCAGAAAUGGAACAGCCCUGUCCUCCUGAUUUAGAGUCUGGCUAACUGAUAAUGGCUCUUCCAGAUGGGCCUUGUCUGGACGGGGACUGAGGGAAAGACACAUCUUGCCAGUCUGGAUUCCUGCUCAUGAGAUUCCAGUUUGCCCUGGGGCAGGUUUUGGCCCUGCCGGGUCCCCUGGACCUCGUCUGCACAAUAACAGUGGCAUCGUAACUGUCUGGCGGCAGGGGCAGGGCUUGAUGGCCCCACUGAGGGCACUCUGCUUCUGUCCCAGAUGGAGACAAUGCCAAGAUUUGCUUCUGAAACUACCAGCAGCCCCAGGGAUGGCCGAUGACCA